AUGAAGAUUUCCGCCACAUUCGCAGCUUUGGCAUUCGCUCUUGCCACUACUGUGGCCGCCGGACCUGCUGCUACUGUAGUUGAUGAAGCUGCUGCUACCGGUGUCAGCUCCCUCGAAGUCGAAGCGCUCGAAGCGCGCGCCAAUGAUCCCCAGUGCUCGUAUGGAAACAUCGCCGGACAACAUUGCAAUGAUCAGCAAUGCAGGGACGGCGGGGGCUGGUGCAAGUACAACGCCGCCACCAAGCGUUGCUCGAUGCAGAACAUGCGUGGGUCGGGCUCCCCAGUUGCUUGCCACUCGUGCACCUGCAGGAAGAGCUAG